AAACACGAACCCCAUUUGUUGUCUUUAUUCUCUUUUAAUGGCGUGUUUGCAGUCGUAGUUUGUUUGUUUUCAAGUGAUUGGUACUUUUCCUACCCCGCUGUGGUUGGCUCCUGAUCCCACCUCCAAGAGAGCUUCAUACAUAUCACACGCGUAGAUCGAGUCUUCAAAGGGACAACACCGAGAAAAAGAAGAGGCCGUAGACCCAUGGAACAUCCAUUGGUUUUCGUUUUUCUUGUGACACGUACUUUCACUUGCUAUUAUCAAGGGCAACUUUGCUGCGCCCACUGUUGACGGACUUUUAGAUGCAUCCCCGAAGCGAAAGACCGAGAGCUUGGGUAAUGAUAAUGGAAUGGUCGGACGAGCUGGAGAAAAAGAUCGUUGCUUACGACGUCGUCAGAUUGGGGCUUUUAGACUCUGUCGGCGUUGGACUCCAGCAAGCUGGCAUGCACGUCGGCAACGACGGAAGAGUGACCGGCGAAUGUGGCACAUCCACUUCAGGCCACCCUCGCUGCCCUCGGGUUGGAACUACAAAACUCCAUUUCACGCUGACUUCCUUUUCUCACUUGACCACCACCCAUCACUCACCUACUGGCUGCACCUUCAUUGCAGGCACACGAUAUUCUUCCUUGUCCUUGGCCAACAAACUGUUGCUACGCGUGCUAUUUACUGUCCGGGAGAUAUUGAGGUACUCAGUGGGGCUUAGGCUCGACGCAAGCACGGACCACGGAUACCUGGGCUCCGUCCACCAUAGGUUUUCCAAUCUUCUCCUCUGACACCCACCCACUGCGAAAUUCAGCGACACCAUCAUCACUAAACCACACCGGGGUCUCCAGCUCUGCACGCAACCCCACCCCAGCACCGUCGCUACAGACCAAGAGCAGAGUUGUAAUACAUUCUGCUGCCUGGAGGGCAUGGUUGGAUGACCUCAGGCAGCUUGCGGUCUGAACUUCACAAUGUCAACAUCUCCAGAACGGAGCCCUGUCAACGGGCACCACUCGCCCUCGCCGGACGAGAACACUUCGUACUAUGGAAACGGCCACCAAAGCGAUAGCGAUCUCUCCGAUGUUCAGCAUGCGCCAGCCGACGCUGGCUCCCCCGAGUAUCACGAUGCCGACGCGGAUGCCGACGCGGAUGCCGAUGACGUCGAAUCCCCGGUGGAGCACCCCGAGGUGACCUUUCAAGGGCCGUCCGACUCGGAGGACAAUGAUGCGUCAGACGACGGAGAUUUUGACGCGGCGGGCAGUCCCGCCUCUGUUCAGAGUCACGAUGACCAUCCCCGCCGCACCAUGUCGGUGUCAGAGCGACCCGCCCCGAAGCGGAAAGCUGCCCAAGUAGUCGAGGAAGAUUUCAUGAGGGAGAAUCCAGAGUUGUAUGGGUUGAGACGUAGCUCGCGUCCUACACAGCGCCGUAAGGUCGUCGAUUCAGAUGAGGAAGAAGAUGCGUCCGAUUCGGAUGCUACACCAGCUCCGCGUAAAGGGAACAAGCGACGCCGGCUGGAACGCUCAGCUCCUGUGUCCAAACGCGGCACACCAAUGCGCCAAACUUCGGUUGACGACUCGGAAUCAGACACGUACGGCGGCGCGAGAGCCCGGAGCUUUCAGAAAAAGGCUCGGCGGCAACAAGAGUUGCAGCCCGCCCUCGCCUUGGCGGAGAAGCGGUGGUCGAGCCGGCGUGCUGCCCAAGUAUCCGCCGGCGCCUACCAAGAAAGCGAAGCUGAAGAAGAGGACGAGUCAGAGCUCACACCAAACUACUGGGCCCAAGACGUGGAGGACAAUUCACCAUACAUUGAAAAGAUUCUCCGUCACCGUCUAAAGGAGGGAUUGGAGUAUUCGGAAGACACGAACCGCAACGACUUUGAGUAUUUCAUCAAAUGGCAGAACAAGUCACAUCUCCAUGACACAUGGGAGACCACUGCGACUGUUGCCGGAUAUCGUGGCUUCCGUCGUCUCGAGAACUACUACCGAAAGGUUGUCGAGUACGACAUAGAGAUGAGGCUUGGUGGAGACGAUGUAAGCCCUGAACAACGCGAGCAGUGGCUUUUAGAUCGUGAGCGUGAGGAAGAGGCUCUCGCAGAUUACACGAAGGUUGAGCGCAUCGUCCACGUCCGCAAAGGGGAUGAGGAGACAGAAUAUCUUGUAAAGUGGAAAGGUCUUCAGUAUGACGACUGCACCUGGGAAGUUGAAUCCUUGGUGAGCGAGCAGGCUCAGGACAAGAUCGACCAGUACACUGCGCGCUCUCAACGGUCUUGGCAAUCGGACCGCAAAGAAACCAACCUCGAAACCCGGUCACGAAUGGAGAAGCUUGAGGAGCAGCCAGAUUACAUCCAGGGAGGUCAGCUUCGCGAAUUCCAGCUGAAGGGGCUUAACUUCCUUGCCCUGAACUGGACCCGCGGCAACAAUGUCAUCCUUGCCGACGAGAUGGGUCUCGGCAAGACGGUCCAGACAGUGUCGUUUCUCAGCUGGCUUAGAAAUGAACGCGGGCAAGAAGGGCCGUUCCUGGUUGUGGCACCCCUCAGUGUUAUUCCGGCAUGGUGCGAUACUUUCAACCACUGGUCUCCCGAUAUUAACUACGUCGUCUACCUUGGCCCAGAGGCGGCGAGAUCCAACAUUCGGGAAUAUGAACUGUUUGUCGAUGGCAACCCAAAGAAGCCAAAGUUCAAUGUUCUGGUCACGUCUUACGACUACAUCUUGGCAGAUGCGGAUCAUUUGAAGGGCAUCAAGUGGCAGGUUCUGGCUGUGGACGAGGCGCAUCGCUUGAAGAAUCGCGAGUCCCAAUUAUACGUCAAGCUGAACGGCUUUGGUAUACCCAGCAAGGUCCUUAUCACCGGUACCCCCAUUCAGAACAACCUCGCCGAGCUUGCGGCUCUUUUGGAUUUCCUGAAUCCAGGCAAGGUCUUGAUCGACGAGGAGUUAGAGCUUCUAUCAACGGCCGACAGCAAGGAGCCGGUCGACGAGCAGCUGGACGAGGCCAAGCGGCUGAAGACACAGGCCAAGCUUCAGGACCUGCAUAAAUCCAUCGCGCCGUUCAUCUUGCGUCGUACAAAGGAGACUGUCGAGUCAGACUUGCCACCAAAAACGGAAAAGAUUAUUCGCGUCGAACUUUCCGAUCUUCAGCUGGAGUAUUACAAGAAUAUCUUGACGCGAAACUAUGCAGCCCUCAGCGACGCUAGCAACGGUCACAAGCAAUCGCUCCUGAAUAUCAUGAUGGAACUCAAGAAGGUCAGCAAUCAUCCAUACAUGUUCCAGGGUGCCGAGGAGCGUGUUCUCGCCAACGGUUCCGGCCGCCGGGAGGAUGCGGUGAAGGGUUUGAUCACAAGCAGUGGCAAGAUGAUGCUCUUGGACCAGCUUUUGGCAAAGCUCAAGAAAGAUGGCCAUCGCGUGCUUAUCUUCAGCCAAAUGGUCAAGAUGCUCGACAUCCUGGCAGACUAUUUGCGGAUUCGCGGCUACCAGUUCCAGCGUCUUGAUGGCACGAUCCCUGCUGGACCUCGUCGUCUGGCUAUCAAUCACUUCAAUGCUGAAGAUAGUGACGACUUUUGCUUCCUGCUGUCAACAAGAGCCGGUGGUCUCGGCAUCAACCUGAUGACAGCCGAUACUGUGAUUAUCUACGAUUCGGACUGGAAUCCACAAGCAGAUCUGCAGGCGAUGGCUCGUGCCCACAGAAUCGGUCAAAAGAGACCUGUCAAUGUCUAUCGUCUCGUUGCGAAGCAGACCAUCGAAGAGGAGGUCGUGAAGCGCGCCCGAAACAAGCUGUUCCUUGAGUACCUGACCAUCCAGGCCGGCGUGACGGAUGAGGGCAAGGCUCUUCGCGAGCAAUUCAAAGAACGGGGCAUGAAGAUGGACGAAGCCAAGACAGCCGAGGAUAUCUCGAUGAUUCUGAAGAUGCGUUCGCAGAACCUGUUUGAGCAGUCGGGCAACCAAGAGAAGUUGGAGCAGCUCGAUAUUGACGCCAUCCUCGAAAACGCCGAGGUCACCAAGACAGAUGUUGACGACAAGAUCAAUCUCAGCAGUGGUGGUAUUGAUUGGGACAACUGGAUGCACUUCACUGAUGUCAAGGUGGACGAUCUGGCUCUCGACUGGGACCAAAUCAUUCCCGCCGACCAGCUCGCUGCCAUCAAGGCAGAGGAGGACAAGAAAAAGCAUGAAGAGUAUCUUGCCAAAGCCAUGGAAGAGUCUGCACCACGCAAGGCCGCCAUCAAGGGCUCUAAGAAGAAUGUUGAGAACGAACGGGCCGAACGUCUUGCCAAGAAGCGACAGCGCGAAAAGCUGGAGUUGGAAGAGUUCGAGGAACAGCGUGCGCAGGCUUCCGAUCCUCGGCGCCCACUUAAUGAGAAGGAAACGCGCAAUCUUAUCCGCGCAUUCUUCCGGUAUGGCGACUUUGAUGACCGAGAAGACGAACUCGUUCAGGAUGCCCGUCUCAGUGACCGGGACCGCGAGUUUUUGAAAAAUAUCAUUGACGAUCUAGUGGCUGUAAGCAAGCAAGCUGUUGACCUCAACAACGAAAGGCUUCGCGGGGAAGAAGAACGAGCUGGCAAACCGCUUGCCAAGAAGGACAAGAAGGCCGUUCUGGUGGACUUUGGCGAGGUUAGGAAAGUCAACGCCGAGACGGUGGUGGAGAGACCCCCUCAGCUUAAGCUUCUGCGUCGCGUGCUUGCAGAGCACGGCGACAUCCUGACCUUCCGUCUUCCCGAGGCAGCCAAGUCUGCCGCCUACAGCUGUGAGUGGGGUGCGCGGGAAGAUGGCAUGCUUCUUGUCGGUAUUGAUCGAUAUGGGUUUGGUGCCUGGACUCAGAUUCGAGAUGACCCGGAGCUGAACAUGCAAGACAAGUUCUUCCUCGAGGAGCAUCGUGUCGACAAGAAGGAGGAGCGCCGCAAAGGGGAUGAAAAGGGGAUACAGUCUCCCGGUGCUGUCCACCUGGUUCGGCGGUCCGAGUAUCUCCUUUCAGUGCUUCUGGCCAAGUACUCCAACGACGCCAAUGCCAAGAAGGCAGUCGAGAACCACCAUCGCAGUAAGAAACUACUGAUGAAUGGCGGUCGCCGCGCUGAUGGGGGGUCUGUCUCGGCGUCUCCUGCCCCGCAGAUGUCCAAGAAGAACAGCCGUGAUCGUAACUACUCCCAUGCCGAACACCAUCGGUCUUAUAGCAACGGGAAUGACCGCGGUACGCCCCGACCCGACAAGCGGAAGUAUGCCGAUGACUAUGAUGAUCGCAACUCCAAACAUCGUCGUGUAGAGGUUGAUGCGAAGCACGACAAGAAGCCCCGGGAGAAGGAGAGGCCCAAAAUGGAUCCUGAGACUAUGGAGAGGUACAAGCGUGACAGGCAAAAGGCAGUAGAUCGGUUCUGGGAACUGGCGAACUUGAAGGACGAAGAGAUCAACCACUCGGACAACCUUCAGCUGGUGUGGUCGCUUCUUCGCCCGCUCAAGAAGAACAUGGAGCGUAUCAUGUGUUCCAAAGAGCUCUUCCCUGCCGCUAAGCAACGGGCCAAGGUUCUCGGUGCGGAGAUCCGCGAGUUUGGCAACUUCCUCAAAGAUUUGCGGGCCAAGAACCCAGAACUUGAGGGAGAGGGCCUCGAGACGCAGUUUUGGGAAUUCCUGUCUUCGAUCUGGCCUCUUGGCGACGUGAAGGUCUCGGGCAAGAGGCUUCAAAAGAUGUACGGGGACUUGGAGGAACGGGGCAGCAAGGACCGUCAUGACGAGAAGCAGCCCACAGAACCAAGACGAGGCAGGCAUCCGGAUCUUGAGGAUGGCGAGAUCGCAAGCGACCGUGACGAUCGCCGGGCGCGCCACCCUUACCGUGAUGACCGCCGUGAAGAGCGCAGGGAGGAACGCAAGGAUCGUCGAGAUGACCGCCGGGACGACCGUCGCGAUGACCGCCGCGAUGAUUAUCGUCGUGAUGACCGCCGGGAUAGCCGCCGGGAUGAGCCGGCACGCCGCAGCAACUACUAUGACGACGACCGUCUCAACUUCCACAGGCAUCGUCGGCCAGCGGAGAACAGUCAGGGGCAACCUGCCCGUCACUCAUGGCAGCAGAACCGCAGCCCAACGACCCGUCACAGUCCCUACUAGUAGGUUUCUUGAGCGAUGGUCGAAAGGCGACGUCUUUCUUUGCUAUUAAGAAAAAAUAGGGGGGGGUGGACGUUGGCAAUUGUUUAUUGAGCAUUCAACCGGCAUUUAUUGCAUUCGUCUGGCGUACUGGGCACCAUAAGGGAGUGUGUUUUAACGCGAGGGGUUGUGUUCAUCUCGUCUCUUUGCUCACACAUGCGAGAACUGAUAAACGUUUUUUACAUACCCGGGUAUUGCAUUUUUUGGGUUCAAAAUAAGGAGUGUGUUUGGUGGGUGUAUCGAGAGGUUUUUACCAUGAUUUGACGGGUCGAGGAAAAGAGAACCGAGAGAGCAGGGACAACAAGAGUGGAGGGGGAUGUUUAUUGAUCCGGC